CUGUGGUCCAAAAUGACUGAUUCAUUGUUCCAGAAAGUUUAUCUUUCAGGCCAGUUGCCUGUUUCUUUUUCCCAAAAAAAAUUGCAGAGUAUCUGUAAUAGCAAGGCUUGGAUAACUGCUCCUAGGGAAUAGACAUACACUGAAAUGUAUUUUUGUGUCUAAUUUCAAUAGGUUUAAAAUAGAAAUGGAGCCUCUGGUGAUAGCAAACACUGGCUUUGCCAUUGACUUCUUCAAAUAUGUGUGCAAGGUUGAAAACAACAAAAAUAUCUUAUUUUCACCGUGGAGUAUUUCAUCCGUCAUGAUCACUGUGUAUCUUGGAACCAAAGGCCGUACUGCAGAACAGAUUGCAAAGGUGUUUCACUUUGAUAAAGCUGGGGGCAUUGAGACCAUGCAGAUUAGGAGUAAACCACGAGCAUAUUCCAAACUGGAAGAACUGUUGAACAAUCCCUGCAUCUCUAUUCAGAAGUUUAAACCACCAGUUGAAAUGUCAAGCAACAUCCAUUCAAGAUUCCAGGCGCUUAGCCAAGAAAUCAACCAACCUUCAAAACAUUUUUUGCUGAGAAGUGUCCAUCAGCUUUAUGGAGACAGAUCAGUGCCUUUCCAAACAGAAUAUGUACGAUCAAUGAAGGCAUAUUAUAACACAGAACCACAAACAGUAAACUUUCAAGGAGCUGCAGACGAAGUUAGAAAAGAGAUCAAUGCAUGGGUUGAACACCAGACAGAAGGUAAAAUAAAGAACCUGUUAAAUGAAGGCUCUCUAAAUUCACUGACUCAGCUGAUCUUGGUGAAUGCACUGUACUUCAAAGGAAACUGGUCGAAAACGUUUAAGAGAGAAGACACGACAGAAAAGCCUUUCAGACUGAACAAGAACACAAGUAAACCGGUGAAAAUGAUGUUCCAGCACAAUAUAUUUAAUUGGAACUACAUAAAAGAAUUACAGACUCAAAUUCUUGAGCUUCCAUAUCUCAAAAAUGACCUCAGCAUGUUUAUUUUACUCCCUGAUGACAUUAAUGAUGGAAGCACUGGUCUGGAAAUGCUAGAAAGAACAUUGACUUAUGAGGCCUUAUCCAAGUGGACUAGUCCGGAAGAAAUGGAAGAAGUUGAAGCCAACGUAUAUCUCCCUAAGGCUCAAUUAGAAGACCGCUAUGAGCUCAAAUCAGCUUUGAGCAGCAUGGGGGUAAUGGAUGCCUUCAGCUCAGGCCAAGCCGAUUUCACUGGGAUGUCUGAGAAAAAAAAGCUGGUCCUGUCCCAGGUUUUUCACAAGUGCUUUGUUGACAUUAAUGAAGAGGGCACUGAGGCAGCCGCUUCAAGUGCUGCUAGUGUAGAUGGACGAAGUGACCAUGGUGCCAUUUUAUUUGCAGCUGACCACCCUUUCCUGUUUUUUAUCAGGCAUAAUAAAACCAAGAGCAUUCUCUUCUUUGGCCGGUUCUGUCAACCCUAAAAUAUUUCAGCUUCUCAGUUAGCAAACAGGAAGGAUCUUGCUGUGGCAUGAAUUUACACAACACAGACAGUUUGUCCAAAUAUGUCUAAAUAAGGUGAGGUUUCUGCACUUUCUUACAUGUAUGGGGAAAGACAGAAAGUGCAUUUGGCUACAAAAGAUAUGCGCAUCAAGUAGCCAAGUCACUGUUUUAAAAUAAAUCCAGAAAACCUCCAAAACCACACUCAACACAUUUGCAUUUUCUUUUUGGUAAUUUUCAUGUCUUUCCUAAAUUGCUUUUUUAGUACCAAUACAAACUAGAGUAAGAAGUUUGAUCUAAGCCUUUUCAAACUGCAAAUAUUAAUGGAAGUUGUCCUAGAAAUCAAUCAAUUUAUAUCCUCCUGGUUAUAUUUUUAUAAGCUAAAGAUGGUCCCACUUGGUGUUACAUUUAGUAAUAUAAACAUGGGAUCAUUUUGAGUUGUAUUAAUUUAUUAACAAUGAAUUGUUUUAUUUUGUUACCUCAUUCCUGUUUUAUUUAAAAAUGUGAUUGUGUUUCAUGAUUUCUUAACAUGGUAGUAUUGUAAAACUCUUUGGAAUCUUUGAAAUGAAAAGUGGCAUAGAAAUGUCUCAAUAAAUGUUAUAUAUAUUGGAAAAAAACUGGCAGUGACUCAGAGAGCAAUGGAAAGAAGAAUAUGUGGCAUAACAAUAAGAGAUAAAGUCAGCAACAAAGUGCUGUGUCAAAGAACCGAGGCACGGGAUGUGGUCAAUGAAAUCUAUGAGGCAAAAAGAAGAUGCAGGGCAUAUAGUAUGAACAAAAGACAACCAAUAUACAUGUUGACUAACGAACUGCGUACCAAGAGAUCACAAACGGCCAAAGAACUUGAACUCUAUAUUCCAAAUAAGUUAUCUUGUAUAAAUUGCUUGCACAAGAAUUACAGUUAUGUUUCAUGUUCCUCUCUAGAUAUCUGUUGACAUAUUUUAACUAUCCUCUUAAACAGUAAAAACUACCUUGCAAAAACAGGAAAGUGUGGGCACUCGGGUGUCUUUUGUAAGAUUUUGUAAAUGUACAUGUUGAACAAAUGGAAAAUAAACUUGAGUGAAAGCAA